CCUGGUCGUUUUGAACCUCGUCCUACCCCCUUAUCCUCGCAUCCAAAACCAGAGAGACCAAAGAAACUCGAACUGAUGACGACAAUGGCUUCCUCAACCGCCUUCUGCAUCUCUUUCAAGCUUUCACCUUCUUCUUCAUCAUCAACUGCCACUCGCAGCAGCUUCCGUAGCCCUCUUAGCACUGUUCACUUCUCUCACUUCACCAACAAAACCUCGCUCACCCUCACUUCUUCUCACACCUUAUCUGGGUUCGCUCCACUCCUUCCUCAAAGAAUCCCUACGGUCGCCUCUCCCACUCGGAACCCCCCACCUCUCACUGUCGUCUGCGCUAAAGGCUACAAAAUGAAAACCCACAAGGCUUCGGCGAAGAGAUUUCGGGUGACGGGUAGUGGGAAGAUCAUGAGGAGGAAAUGUGGGAAGCAGCAUUUGCUGGGGAAGAAGAAUGCCAAGAGGCGUAAUCGCCUCUCCAAGUCGGUGCAAGUUGACCGGAGUGACUAUAACAAUGUCAUCGGUGCUUUGCCAUAUCUGAAGGUUAAUCGAAAGAACUAGAGCUUGGCUGCCUUAGGCAUCAUUGCCAGGGACCGUGGUGUAUCGGCUUGCCUGUAUGGUAGCUAGGGAGCAGAAUUUCUCAGAAGUUUUGUUUGAAUCUGACUGCAAGGAGUUGAUUAGCCGGCAUUACAGGUUCCCCGGAGCAAUGCCCGCGGGAAAUCUCUGUGAUAGUGAAAGAUAUCAAGACUUGGGCAGCGUCAGGAACAAUUGGAUUGUGACAAAUUGUUUGAGUAGGAAACUUUUACGGGUUGUAUUCUGCCCGAUUUAGAGCAUAUUAUGGCUAAAGAGUGUCCCUCUUGAGCCGUUUUCUGUCCUUUCUUCUGUUGCUCUCAUAAUCAUAUAAACAAACAAAUAAAUAAAAAGUGUCCAAGG